CACGAGAUCCAAUCUCUCAGGCUCAAACCCACGGAUCGAAGAGGAUUGGAGGAAGAGGCGGUAGAAGAUGGCGUCGUCGUCGUCAAAUUCGCCUUGCGCAGCAUGUAAGUUCCUGCGUCGCAAGUGCCAGCCAGAGUGCGUAUUUGCUCCGUACUUCCCACCGGACCAGCCCCAGAAGUUUGCAAAUGUUCACAAAGUUUUUGGGGCGAGCAACGUGACCAAGCUGCUGAACGAGUUGCACCCCCAUCAGCGUGAGGACGCCGUCAACUCUCUUGCCUACGAGGCUGACAUGCGCCUCCGCGAUCCCGUCUACGGUUGCGUUGGAGUCAUCUCUCUCCUCCAACACCAACUCCGCCAGCUUCAGAUGGAUCUAACCUGCGCCAAAUCUGAGCUCUCCAAAUACCAAAACCUCCAGGGAAUCACUAGCCACGGACUCAUAGCCGCCGCUGCCGCCGCUGCCGCAGCCACUGCCACCACCCACCAUAGAGGCCGCGGAUCAGCAGAGCAAUAUAAUAGUAUAUCACACCACCAGUUCUUCCCCAGAGAUCAGCAGCAACAACAGAUGAUCAGGACAUUUGACCAGGCGGCUGUGGGAAACAUUAACUAUGAUGCAAGCAACCUUUUGGCCAUGAACGUUUCAGCCGGAAUUCCGUUUCAGCAACCUAGGGCUGCUGCUGGGGAUGACCGCCGGACCAUUGAUCCCUCUUAG